CACAGCUCUUGUUUUUUUUUUUUUUUUUUUUUACUUUUUUGCACAUUAAAGUUGCACAUUUCCAAAAAAAAUGAAAAUUUUGAGUUUUGAUGAAAAUCCAUCUAAAGUUCUAAACUGUCUGUUGCCUUUUGUGCGUACAAAUGUAGUGUAAUAAUGUACGUCGGAUCUGCGCAAGUGAAGGCUGGAGAUAAUGAUCGAAAAAGGCACAUGAGUAUCAUUUCUGUUUGCUCAAAUCCCAAUGAUAAUUCCAUCUAAAGGCCGAUUUCCUCAUUCUGAGAUAUUCAUCGUGUUUGUCUAAAAACAACACUCCCUGAUCCGUAUAUACGCCCAAAAGCAUAUAAGUUAAUUUUUCGAGCAUAUCUGCCAAUCUCAACUCCAUCCCUGUCCUAAAUGGUACUAACUUUAAGGAAUGGAAAGAAAAUAUUCUAAUAACUUUGGGCUGCAUGGAUCUUGACUUAGCAUUAAGGGUAGAGCAACCCGCUUCUCUUACGGAUGCUAGUACCCAAGAUGAAAAAAGGUACUAUGAGAAGUGGGAUCGCUCGAAUCGCUUAAGUCUCAUGAUCAUAAAGCGUGGAAUUCCAGAAUCUUUUAGGGGUGCUGUAUCCGAUGAGGUUACUAAUGCCAAGGAUUUCCUUACUGAAAUUGAGAAACGUUUUGUUAAAAGCGAUAAGGCGGAAAUAAGCAUGUUAUUAAAAGACUUUACUUCCAAAAGGUAUUCAGGAAAAGGAAAUAUAAGGGAGUAUAUUAUGGAAAUGUCUUAUAUUGUUUCUAGGCUCAAGACACUUAAGAUUGAGAUAUCGGAAGAUGUUCUCGUACACAUAGUCUUGAACUCUCUUCCUAUUGCAUUUGAUUCUUUUAAGGUCAGUUAUAACUGCCAAAAAGAGAAGUGGUCUCUUAAUGAGCUCAUUUCAUAUUGCGUGCAAGAGGAAGAGAGGAUGAAACAAAAUAAGAUAGAAAGUGCUCACUUGGCUAGUACCUCUAAGGAUAAGGGUAAAAAGAGGAAGAGAACUCCCAUUAAGAAUGAAGCUGCUCAAGGUCCACUACAGAAGAAACAUAAGGAAGGUGAAACAACCUGUUUCUUCUGUAAGAAGUCUGGACACAUGAAGAAGGAUUGUACCAAGUAUCAUGCUUGGAAAGUGAAGAAAGGGUUGUCUGAGCCACCGCAAGCCAAAUGAUGCUGAAAGAUGCGUCUAUGUGGGAGAUGGCAAAGCGGUGCAUGUGGAGGCUAUUGGGCAUUUUAGAUUGUUAUUAUCUACUGGUUUCUAUUUGGAUUUAAAAGACACUUUUAUUGUUCCGUCAUUUAGGCGGAAUUUGGUUUCUGUUUCUUAUUUGGACAUAUUAGGUUAUCAUUGUUCCUUUGGAAACUUCCGGUUUAAUUUGUCUUUAAAUUCAAAUAUUGUGGGGACUGGUUCUUUUAUGUCAUAUGACAAUCUUUACAUGCUUGAAACAA